AUGGGUGACCUUAGAGGAGUGGGAGUGACACCGUCCUUCAACCAGUCCUCAGUAUCCAACAAUUCGACUCCCUGUGAACAGGUGGACACCUCAGGCCAUGUCUUCUUCAUGGUGAUCUACAGUCUGAUGUUUGUGGUUGGUUUGAUCCUCAAUGGUUUCACCCUGAAGGUUUACUUCUGCCGACCUCAGCAGCUGACGACCAGCAGUAUGACCAUCUACCUGAAGAACCUGGCAGCUGCCGACUUCCUGAUCACCCUCUGUCUCCCCAUCCGAAUAGCCGACUACGUCAGCAGCUCCAUCUACAUACACCAGGUCUUCUGCAGCUUUCGUGUUGCCACCUUCUAUAUGAACAUGUACGCCAGCAUCAUGUUCAUGGGCUACAUCGCAGCUAACAGGUAUCUGAAGAUCGUCCAUCCUUUAGGAACUCACAUCUUGCAGAAAGUGCGACCUGCCCACAUCAUCUCCACAGUAACCUGGGUUUUCCUCCUGACCAUAAUGAGCACCUUUACCAUCCUGUUGUUCCUUAUGCAGAACAAAGAGUUGACUUCUGUUCAAAGUGCAACAAGCUGUGAAAAAGUGUUCAGUGAAGAGGUCAAGCUGUUUUUCAAAAUUGUCUACCCCAUCUCCUCUGUCAUCUUCCUGUUCGUCCUCGUCUCCCUGGUCUUCUUCUACUACAGCACCUCCCGCAGGCUGUCGCUGGCACAGCAGAGGCAGCCAGCGUCCUCCAGCAACAAGAAGCUCGCCAAGUCCCGCAGGAACAUGUUGGUGCUGGUCAGCGUCUUCUGUGUUUGUUUUGUCCCUUAUCACCUGGUUUACCCUCUCUACAUUUUCCUGAGGAGCCAAUGUUCAUUGAGCCAGGUGUUGUUCUACCUGAAGGAGUUGACCAUCAUUGUGUCAGCUUUCAACGUCUGUCUGGACCCUCUCAUCUAUUUCAUCUUCUGCAAGGCCUUCAGGGCCCAGCUGGGCCUGACGAAGUUAUUCAGGAGCACACAGGUCCCAACGAAUGAAGGCAACAAUGAGGGGAGGAGCAACAGGACAGGAGAUGAGCGGCAACAAUAUCAACAGCAAUCGACAACAGGAGUCCUGUAGCUUACAUCUAACGGACACCAACACCUACAACGUCACUGAAGAUGUUCAGGCUUCAGGCUUCUAACAGACGUGUAGUUGUAUCUUCGACUCUUGUACUCUGGCUGACCCAUGA